AUGGACGCCUCCGGAUCCCCCCGCGGGGCGUCGGACGAACUCGACCGCAGUGAUCCCGAGCUGCCCGACCGCAGCGCACGCAAGUCCAUGCACGCCGGGCUCCCCGAUGAUCUACCCAAGUCCUUAGACGACCGUCGUUCCGUGCCCGUCAUUCAACCCGAGAUGGAGAUGUAUGAUGCUUGGCAAGGUCAAUCCCAAUUCCUCACUACCCCCGUGGCCGCCAAACCAUUGAGCUUCAGCCUUGCCCUCGACGAUCACUCGCAUGACGAAGAACAUAAUCUACAGGCCCACUAUGGGCGCGGGCUGGCCGCCGCUGCCGACGACGAUAACGAGUCCACGACCACCGCUCGGUUGGAGGACAGCGAUGCCCGGUUGAUGGAGAUGCUUGCUGCGCAAGCUGCCCACCGGGAAGUAGACUCGCUUGGUGCCAAUGAGGAGGCCAUCGCAACGGACGAGAAGCUAUCAGACCCGGAGAAAAAAGAUAUCCUACAGCGCAGCUUGAACAUGGCGGCUAGCAACGGCGAUGUGGAGCGUGUCCGGAAAUUGCUGCAAGGCAAGGCGAGAGAGUACGUGGAUGUGAACAUGCCGGAUGAAGAGGGAACGGUACCUUUGAUCUAUGCCAGCUGCUUUGGACACCAGGAUGUUGUCUCAGCGCUCCUCGACGCAGGCGCCCAUAUUGACCAGCAGGACCGGAAUCAGUGGAGUGCGUUGAUGUGGGCCAUGACGAACAGACAUAAAACAAUCGCGAAGAUCCUCCUCGACCACGGCGCGUCUCCGGAUAUCAAGUCCUCGUCUGGUGGAACUGCAUUUGACUUUGCACAACCUGGUAGCGAGAUCUCCGAGUAUCUGCAUGAGAAUGGGUAUCACUUCGGGCCGAGCGCUAUUGAAGACGACUUUUACGACUCCGGAUUCGGACACGGUCGCUUUGAGGAGGAAAUUGCAGAGAAUGAGAUGAAGCGGCGGAUGAUGAUGGAGGAAAGCGCCAUCAACCUCGAAGUGGAUUUAUCGAGCCUGGGGCUUGAUGAGAAGUUCGAUUCAUUGGAUGAAGACGAGUUGGAAGAGGAGCAGCAAGAAUUCGUCUGGGAUCGGUGCCUGAACGAUCAGAUGUUUGUCUUCCAGGAGAGCGAGCUAGAACGGAUCCUGAACAUCAUCAUCACGAACAUGACACCGCAACGAUCACCGUCGCAAAAGCCCGUCCCCGCCAACCUGCUCUUCCUCAGUGCUCGAUACGCUCAUUACCACGCCAGUCCCGAGUUGCUUGCAAAGCUCCUCGUUUCGGCCACCGAUAAGAUCAAUGAUGUCGUUGAGCGCCACCAGUGGGAUAUGACGAUCCUCGCAUUCUGGAUGUCGAACGCCACGUUAUUACUACAUUACCUGAAGAAAGAUGGCGGGCUGGUGGAAGCCACUGUAGAAUUUCAGCUGCAUCUGGCCGAAUUGAUCAACGAAAUAUUUAUCCUCAUCAUCCGCGAUGCCGAGCGUCGGAUGAACAAGGUGCUCGACGCGGCCAUGCUGGACCAUGAAACCAUCCCUGGCCUGGAGGAUGUCCACUUCCAGAACGAGUGGAAGCUGUUCCGUUCCAAAUCCAAGGCCAAAGCCCCCGAGCCUGCGGAGAAGCGCUUCCGCCCCCCAUCCCCAAGACGGCGAGCACAGGUCUCACCGCGCAACAUCACCUCCCUCCUCUCCUCCACUCUCUUUGUCCUGGAUCUCUACGAUGUGCAUUCCGUCAUCACUACGCAGAUCAUCUCCCAGCUCCUGUAUUGGCUCGGGGCUGAAACCUUCAACCGCAUCAUGUCCACCAAGCGCUACCUGGCUCGGACCAAGGCGAUGCAAAUCCGCAUGAAUGUGUCCACCCUGGAGGAUUGGGCCCGGAACAACAACCGACAACCCGAACACUACGAGAACGGGUCAACAAGCAGCACCGGAGAGAGCACGAUGGAAGCUGCGCGCCGGCACCUCGCCCCGGUGAUUCAGCUCCUGCAGUGGCUCCAGUGCUUUUCGUCGCUCGGGGAUGACUUUGAGUCUCUCGUCACGACCUUGCUACAACUGCAGCAAUUAACCCCAGCCCAACUCUUGCACGCGGUCAAAUCGUAUCGGCCCGAGGUUGGGGAAAAGGGUCUGACUAAGCCGGCGAUGAAAUUCCUGAUCGACCUGCAACGUGAUCCCGAGCUGCUGUUUCGGGAGCAGGCGAAGCUCCAGGCGGCCAAGCAAAAGGCCACGGCGCAGGAGGCAGGUCCAACGGAUGGACGUCCACAGACCCCUCCCGCAUCAAUUGCUUCCGAGGCAGCCGCCUCCCCCGAGGCCUCCACGCGGGCGUCGGUGGCAUCCCCUGGUUCGAGCGUGACGUCUCCGCGACCGGGCCCUUCAGCCUGGAUGGAUGAGCGGAGUAACAAUGUAUUCCUGGACCCGUCUCUGACGCUUCCGUUCUCAUUGCCCACGAGCACCGAUAUGCUGAUUAGUUAUGGGGCGGGUUGGGGCGGCACCAACCGAGAACGCGCGCGCAAAUACAUACCGACGGUACCUCCGGAAGUGCUGAGUCGGUUCGACCGCGAUAGCUAG